GUUCAGCCGCGCUGCCGCCAGAGCAGAGUGUUGUUGUUGCUGCGAUUGUUCCGUUCGUUCUGUUUGUGUUUUGCUUCCCGUUCUUAUUGUUUUUCCCGACUGGACUGUGCACGGAGUUCGCUUCCAGUUCCUUUUUUUAUACUUUUUGUUUGGUUUUGGUUUCGAAGAGCGCAAAGCGGCAACGCGUCCUGGCCUAACUGUAACUGCCACCCAAACACAGACGUGGGCACAGGCCCACAGGUUGAAAGUCGAGCUCAGAGCGUGCACAAGUGUGCGUGCGGAAAAAAGUGCUGCAUAAGGUGCGAAAGAACAUUGCGAAAAGCGGAGAUUGGGGCAUUUAAGGACGAACCGGAGCGGAGGAGGAAUACGAAAGCCAGCUCCAAGGUUUGAAACAACAACUGUGAGCAGUGGAGGCAGAACGAGCGUUCAGCUAUAAACGAUAUCAAAGCCAAUAGGAGGAAACGCACACAAGAGCCGAAGAACCAAACCAAAGACAAAGUCUUCGAGUCCCCGAGUCUUCUGGUCUUCGGGAGAGAGUGCUGCGAGGAGGGACAGAGACGGGGCGCGUGCGAGCGGGACGGAGACGGAGACGGCGGGCGGUCAGCGACGUUGGACAAGUAGUUGAAAAUAUUGCGCAUACGCCGCGUGUACCGAAGGCAAAGAACAACAAGCCGUGCGUUCUCCGCUUUUCUUUGAGUCGCACCGAUUCACCUUUCGAAAAGAAUCACCUCAGAGGACCACAGGGCUGAGGGACACAUAGGGGCGGAGGAAGAACAGGAGGAGCAGGUGGAGCAGGAGGAGCAGGAGGAGCAGGAGGAGCAGGAGAAGGACGAGGAAAGUGAGGAAGGAGAAGAGCCGAGGAUCAGCGGCUACUUAGGAAAUCCAUUUCAGACUGCAGCCGGCCACAAAUCCAGCUUCAAGACGUCUUGCAAAAGGCUGAAAAUGGAGAAGACUCCCCGGUACACGCAGCGGGAGCGGAACAUGGUGUUGAGCUACGCGGCGCAGUACAAGGACGUGAUCGAGAACAAGCGCACGGACGCGGAGUCCAACCGAAAGAAGGACGAGGUCUGGCUGCAGAUCGCCGACGAUUUCAACUCGCGGGUCUACCACCAGCGCAGCGCCAAGCAGCUGCGCCAGCUGUACAAGAACAUGAAGCUGCUGCUCAAGAAGGACCUCUGCGGCGAGGACAAGGACAACCGCUCGUUCAUGGACCUGCUGAACACGCUGGCGCGCCAGGAGUCCGUCGCCCAGUACAUCGCCGAGCAGCUGUCGCCGGAGGGCGCGGGGGGCGGCAAGCCGUGCCUCUCGGGAAGCGGCGGCGGUGGCGGCCAGGGGAACGGACACCAUGCGGAUGACUACGAGGACUCCAAGAUGCCCCUCUACGAGGGCAUGGACACCGACGUGAUCCUCAUCAAGUCGGAGACAAUCAGCGACAACGAGCAGACGGACAACGGGAUGGACUGUCUGGAGGACGACGACGACGACGACAGCCUGAGCCCCAAGGCGCCGGAAGUGUGCCUGGAGGAGGAGGACGACGUGCUCUUUCCCACGGACCUGCGUCAGCUGGUGGGUUCCUCCUCCGGCGGUGGCGGUGUCUCAUCCGCCUCGCUGCCCGGCAAUGUGUCCAGCAACGGGCUCACCGAUACCGUUCGCCGUGCCGCCAGCUCGCCCGUGUGCUCCACCAAGACCUCGGUCAGUUCGGGCGGAAGCUAUGCCUCCGCAGCGCCCAAGCCGGACAUCACUAUCCAGACGGUGGGUCACAUACGCGUGGGCAGCUUCGCCAACAUCAACAAGACCCUGCAGAACGGCGGCUCCAAUGCAACGGCCAUUCUGUCCAGCGCCAGCAACGGCGGCUCCAAUGUCAGCGGGGUGCUGCCCCUGACGGCGGAGCAAGUGCAACAGCACACGCUACUGAACGGCCUGGGCCUCUCCGCCGUCAAUCCGUCGCAGUCCCUGCAGGCGGCCAUUAAUGGCCCCUUCGUGUCCACCACUCCCGUAUCAUCGCUGGCCAUCAGCAGUCGCCGCACACCGCCCACUCUGCAGCUGCCACGCCUGCAGCGCGGGAACAACAACAGCAACCAUAACGCCAACAGCAGCAGCACCGCCGGCCACACGAGCAACAGCAGCCACACCACGGUGACCGCCAAUGGAGUGCAGCUGCUGCUCAACGGCAACCACCAUGGCCAGCAGACGCACCACCACCUUGCGCGGGACAAGGCGGGCGGCGUGGCCAUUGGGGCGGCGGGCAGUUUCAAUGGCUACAAUGGACUGGCAGUGUCGGCGGGCAGCAAUGCGUGCAGCACAUUGAACAGCAGCGGCUCCGGAUCCGGAACAGGAAGCAGUGCCAACAGCAGCGGCGUGGGACUGACCAAUGCGUCGGGCGCAAGUCCCGGCGGUGGGGCGAGGAGCCAGCACCAGGAGCUGAUGAAUUCGCUGAGGAUCGAGGAGAGCAGGCAGAAGAUCGCCCUGAUCAAUGCCCAAAUCGAGUAUUGGCAGACGCUGACCCGCAAGCUGAACAGUCAGCCCGGCCACAUGCCGAAUCCCGCGUGCCCGUGCCACUUUCCCGGAGCCAAUGUCCUCUCACCGUCUGCCGUGGCCGCUGCCAGUGCCUCCUCCACCACCGCCGCCGCCUCCACAUCCGCCAACUUGCUGCAAACGCAGGCCAGCACCAGCUAGUCCGCAGAGAAGGGGCGGCGGCGAGCACCAGAGGGUCCUCCGGGCGAUGAUGACGACAGCGACAUCAUCUCUUUUGUGGACAUCGACGAUGAGCGGUCCGAGGAGGAGGAGGAGACGGAGGACGAGGACCAGGACGUAACGGACUUGACGCUGCCCGACGUGGACGAUGAAGAAGACUCACAGGAUGCCUUGGUCAAGGAUGUGGGCGUGGUGGGCGGCCUUUCGCCGCCAAACUCACCGCCCCACUCUCCUCCGCCGCCAGCGAAGCGCUCGAAGCGCCGGGAAGCCACCUCCGAGCUGCUGAGGCAGCUGGCCCUGCAGCAGAAUCAGGAGCUUCAGGAGGACCUUCAAGAGGACCUUCAGGAGAAUCUUCAGGAGGAUCUGCACGAGGAUCCCCGGAUGGCUGCCCAGGAGGGGUGCUAGUAUUUCGUAUUUCGUCUAGUUUGCAUGCCACUUUUUACUAUUACCAUAUUACCAUAUUACCAUAUUUAUUUACGCCUAGUUUGAGUGCCAAAUCGAAAAUAGGAGCCUUGCCAUCGAGAAUGCUUGCCAAAGGACCUGGUCAACAGGUCACAACCACUCGCAACCCGCUAUUUAAUUAAUUGCUUACCCAACUUAAACCUAGUGCUUUUCAAUUUUUAUUGCCCGCUUUUUUGCGUUCUUUUUUUUUCUAACGUUUUUUUUUCUCUUAAUUAGUGUGUUUAAUGUUAAGUUUGUUCUGUUUGUGAGCUGCAACCAAAAAGAAGGAAGGAGGAAAAUCUUGACUUUGUACAUUUAGCUUGUAAAAUUAGACGUAAUUACUAAACUAGAGCGAGCAGCUAAGAGAACACAAAGAACGAAAACUGUACAAAUGUGGUUCCUAAUCUAGUCCCUAAAAAAAGGAGUGAAGAAGCGAAACGAAAGCGACGCAGAAAGCCUAAUGUUAUGCCUAGCCGAGAACUUGUGUAUUAUUUUUAUAUAUAUCAGCCCAGAGAGUUCCCAAAGAGCCCUAUCCCAAAAGAAAAACCAUCCAAAGAACUGUAGCUAAUUUAUGUACUUAAAGAACCCCGAAACCAAAAAUAAGAAAAGAGAGGAAGAGAAAGUAGUCUGUACAGAGGUAGAAAGAGACAGGCGAAGCUGAGAGAGAGAGAGAGAGAUGGAGAAACUUGCUAGUCGUUGCUGCAUAACUGUAUUUUAGUGUAGCAUAUAAACCAUUUAGUUAUUGCUAAUUGUACGUGUAAAAUACAAAAAAUGCCUACCCAGUAACCACAAUUUACAAAGAAGCACUUGCAGAAACCCGGAAACCAAAAGGGAAAAAUCCAACAAAACCAAACAAAACUCUUUAUACAAUUUUGUAAACAAAAACUUAUUAAUAAAACAAAGAAUUUACUUUGUGGCCUA